GCGCGCAGGGGUGGGUGUGAUUGCAGUGCUAAUCAGGUUGGUGUGAGAGGUACAAGUGUGGAAAACAAGAGGCUGUAUUGCGUCUCAGUUAAAGCAUUUCAGUGCAGGAACACACCCGGAGCAGUCAGCCUUUACUGCCUCACAGCUCAGGUACAACAUGGGUAAAGGAGAUCCUAAUAAGCCUCGGGGGAAGAUGUCCUCCUAUGCCUACUUCGUGCAGACGUGUAGGGAAGAGCACAAGAAGAAACACCCGGACUCCUCUGUCAACUUUGCUGAGUUCUCCAAGAAGUGCUCAGAGAGGUGGAAGACUAUGUCUGCCAAGGAAAAGGGAAAGUUUGAAGAUAUGGCAAAAGGUGACAAAGUCCGAUAUGAGAGGGAGAUGAAAAACUACGUGCCCCCGAAAAAUGAAUUAAAGAAGGGGGGCAAGAAGAAGAAGGAUCCCAAUGCACCAAAACGUCCCCCCUCAGCCUUCUUCCUCUUCUGCUCGGAGCAUCGACCCCAGAUCAAGACUGAGACUCCCGGCCUGUCAAUCGGUGAUACAGCUAAGAAAUUAGGAGAGUUGUGGUCUGAACAGACGCCAAAGGACAAGCAGCCAUUCGAGCAGAAAGCUGGAAAACUAAAAGAGAAAUAUGAGAAGGAUGUUGCUGCAUAUCGGGCAAAAGGCAACAGUGAUGCCGGCAAGAAAGUUACUGGAAGGGCAGCAGUAUCCAAAAAGAAGCCUGAGCCUGAAGAUGAUGAUGACGAUGAGGAGGAAGAAGAUGAAGAGGAAGACGAGGAGGAAGAUGAUGACGAUGAUGAGUGAAUGCUUUGCCCGAUGUAUAAAUUGUGUUGAAGCUUUGUUUUUGUUUUUUUUGCUAAGAAUGUGAACUCGAGUGCAGCUCAUUUUGUUAGCCUGGUUAUAAAAACUGUACAGACUUGUGUAUAGGUAAUGUGAUUCUUUAGGGAAAACCUAUAUUUUAAUAUAAGGAGUAGCUGGAGGGCUGUUAGAGUUUAAAGCUUCUUAUGUGGGAUGUUUCUGCAUAUUUAAUGGAUUCUAAGGGGAGCCCAAUGUUAGUUAUGAGACCCUAUAUACUUUAGACCUGGUGCAUUGUACUUUUUUCUAACUUUUUUAGCAACCUUUGUUUUUGUAAUAAAAUUAUAUAUAA